AUGUCCCUGCCCAUGGCGGGGUUUUGGAACCAGAUAUCCUCUGCUGCCUGCGGUUAUGGAUUCACACUGCUGGCUUCUAAUACCAAAGACAUCACCAAAGUGUGGGGCAUGGGCCUGAACAAGGAUUCCCAGCUUGGAUUCCAGAGAAGCAGAAGGGAUCGAAUGAAGGGCUAUGAAUAUGUCUUGGAACCAUCUCCGAUUCCGUUACCACUGGAGAAGCCGCAACAGACUCGAGUCUUGCAGGUGUCCUGUGGGAGAGCCCAUUCCCUGAUCCUGACAGACAGCGAAGGAGUUUUCACAAUGGGGAACAAUUCUUAUGGACAGUGUGGCCGGAAGGUUGUUGAAGAUGAAACUUACAGUGAAAGCCAUCUCAUUCAUCAGCUGAAGGAGUUUGACAGCAGAAUUGUCCAGGUGGUGUGUGGGCAGGACCACAGUCUGUUCAGAACCAAGAAAGGUGCCAUCUAUGCGUGUGGGUGGGGAGCUGAUGGACAAACAGGUCUUGGGCACUACAACAUCACCAGUGUUCCCACGAAGCUACGAGGUGACAUUGCUGGAGUAAACAUUGUCCAGGUCUCUUCCUAUGGGGACUGCUGUCUAGCUGUUUCAGAUGAAGGAGAUGUCUUUGGUUGGGGAAAUUCAGAAUACUUGCAGUUGGCAUCUGUCACAGAAACCACGCAGGUGAAUGUCCCCAGACAUUUGCCGUUCAAGAUUGGGAAGAUAAAGGAGGCUGCGUGUGGUGGGACUGGCAACGCUGUGCUCACGGAAGAAGGAAAUGUUUUUGUCUGGGGAUAUGGAAUUCUUGGGAAAGGACCAAACCUAAUAGAGACGGCAGUGCCAGAGAUGAUCCCACCCAGCCUUUUUGGCUGGUCAGACUUCAAUCCGGACGUCCGCGUUGCUCAUAUUCGCUGUGGACUCAGCCACUUUGCGGCACUUACAAACAGAGGAGAACUGUUUGUGUGGGGCAAGAAUCUAAGAGGGUGCCUUGGAACUGGAAGAAUGGAAGACCAGUAUUUCCCGUGGAGGGUGACCGUACCCGGGCAGGUGGUGGAUGUUGCGUGUGGAGUCGAUCACACGGUCAGCAUGGUUAAGUCUUUUACCUAG